AUGCGUUUCAACAAACAGGAACUGAUCACACUAGCGACGCAACCGAGCAACAAGUUUGAAAAGGAAGGUCCACUUCACGUCACGGAAAAGCAGGAGGGAUUUUUCCGCAAAACAGAAGUAAGCCUCGAACGGUGGUGCCGGUUGCGCGGCAAUUUACUGUUCUACUUUAAGUCGUGUGACCCAUUUUCGGAACCGCAAGGAUGCAUCGUGCUGGAAAAGUACAAGUGCAUCACGCCGACCAACAGUGAGCAGCAGGAGUACGAUGGCUAUGUAUUUUAUUUGGAAUUUAAUGAUGGUUUAAGGCAACGGUUCGCCGCCAACACACAACAGGAACGCUUCGAAUGGAUGCAGGCGAUUGGGUUAGCCGAGUACGACAUUAAGCGCGCCCAGCUCAAGUAUCUUCGGGAACAAAUCGACCGGCACCGGGGCACAAUCCACGACGUCGAUAUCGAUAUGCUGCGCUUACAGACGGGAAAGGAAAUCGAUCUGAAUGAAAUUCCCAUCUGCGAGUCGGUCAUCUCAUGCGACAAUUUACUUUGUGACGGGAACGGUAAACCGCCGAAUCCGUCCGUCGUGGUCCAGGUUACGUCGAACAAUCGGGCAUCCGGCUGGAUAAAGUAUGGCCGGACGGAGGUGAUUGAGCGUAGCUCUAAUCCGCAGUUUAUCUGUACCAUCGCCUUCCGGACGUGUGAUGGGCUGCACGCGGAAUCACUAAUACGUUUCACCGCGUACGACGUACGGGAGAAGGUAACGCAAACGGCGGUACCGAUUGGAUGGGCUGAGAUAUCGCUCGGUGUGAUAGCGGACACGUCCCGAUUGCGCAUACCGUUGCGUACGCAGGCGUGCGGAGAAAAUGCGGGCUUUCUGACGAUCGCAACCUGCACGCCGGAUAUGGAGCGACGGAAUAAUCCACGUUCGCCGAUGAAAUCGAGUCUUUUUGGCGACAAUCAGCAGCAGCAACAGCAGCAACAGCACCAGAUACAGCAUCAGCAACAGUUGGGUCAUCGACGCUCUCAAUCACUACCGCCAAAGCUUGGCAUUAAGCUGUUCAUACCGCCACCGUCAAAGAUUGGACUGGUCUUUACCAAUCCGACCAUCCACACGUACCGGCUCCAUUCCGGGCUCGGCGGUGACAUUAGCGUGCUGGAGGUAAUGCUCGAAAGCUAUCUCUGCUACUUGAUCCCGCAGCAACUGCUUUCCGUGUGGAUCGCACGCGAAAAAGAGCUGCUGCAGGAAAUUUCCGGCAUGGGCGAGCUUGGUGGCGAAUGGCGCCAGAAGCAGAUGGAGCUGCUCGACAAGCAUCUGAAGCUGCUGAAGGAUUACUCGCAGGCAAAGCAGUACCUGCACCAGCAGCAACAGCGCGGCCGAUCGUUUAAGCCGAGCUGCCGUAAGGGUGACGAGACGCUUGAAUUUGCGCCGGUAAAUCUACAUCUGCAGCGCAUGUGGGCCCACAAUGAUACGCUCAAGCGGGCGGGCAUACUGGACGUUAUUACCGUUGGUGCGUUUACGCGCCAUUCGGGCAAAUCGAAAACCGGUGGCCUUAUUAAACUGCUGCAUCAGGUGAAGGAAUCGCCAUCGAAGAGUGAGGCACAGCACAAAGUAAUGGCGGCAAAUGAUGCUGUGCAGGCGAUCAAGCAGCUGCGCAAGGAAAUUGUGGAAAUUAUGUCCCAGUUGCUGUACCUGGCGAAAUCGAAAAAUCCAAAAGGUAUGCUACCGCUUUGCAGCGAGAUGAUGACGAAGACACGCGCCUUACUAAACAUCUGGGAACCGAACCUGGUAGAGGAAGCGUUCGCAUUUAUCGAGCGACAUCGCAUUGUAGACGAUUCCACGACCGGUGGUGAGGGAGGGAGUGGUGAUUCGGGCACUAGAGCUGGUGACGGUACACUUUCCGUUGGAGCGGCCGGAGGUACGACACUUGCCGCUAUGUCGCCUUUUCGCAAGAUUACCCAGCAGCUGGGCGCGUUGGAUCUGAAAUCGCCCGAGCUGGAAGAUUUUUCUACCCCGAUGGGACCAGCGCCGGAUCUGUGGCCGCAGCAGAUCCAACGCACAACCAAAUCCGGUACGCUCAGUGUGGUGGUGCAGCCACGUGCAGCCAAAGUCCCGGUUCCGUCACCGACGUCUUCGUUCGAUCUGAGCGACACGAUCGCUACCAUACAGAGCAGCUUUAAUCAAUUGCAGAAUCAGCAGGAGAGUGAGUUCGUUGAAGCAAGAUCCAGUGCGACCUAUUCCCUGCCCAGUCCCUGCUAUCUGCCGACCGAGCAACCUUCCUCUUCCAAAGCAUCUAAACCGUUCAGUGAAACGCAUUUCGAUGUCAACGGUGACGUAACGCUUACCCAAGCAGCGACCACUCCGAGCGUGGUUGUGGCACCAUCCGGUACGACACUAACCGCAAAUCAACUGUUGGAAAAUAAAAACGAGCUCCUCUCGAACGUGUACGAUGAGCAGGGUUAUCUGAUCGAGAAUACUGCGAUCGUGCUCGGACAUAAUGGAGCCUUUCUCGAUACGAAGGUGAUGAGUUCGAGUCCGUCGGCAAACUACUACCGCCCAACGGAGGAACCAGAGCCGCUCGAUCUGACGCAAUUAAACAUUGAGGCAAGUGUCAUGUGUCUCGUGUCAAAGGUAAAGUUUCUCUGUGGACGAUGUGGCAGCCCGGCAGUACGGUUGCGCCAACCCAAGGGUGGAUCCAUCGGUACACUGCAGCGACCACCAUCCGGAAUCGAAACGCUCCAAACGUACGCCGUAGUGACGAGCCAACCGCUAUCGUUACCACACGCCGCUAGCAACAUGGCUACGACGGAGCCUGCUCCCGUUGUGCCACCAUUGCCCGAAAGUGAUCCGAACUUAGCGAAACCGUGUUCCAGCGAGAUAAAACCACCAACGACACCGCAUCUUAACACCAGCAAGGACUUAAACCUAGCCCUAACGCAAGCGGUCGGUGAGGUCGCCCGCAAGGUAAAGAAGGGCAACAAAUUUACGGACGGCCUGGACCUUUCCGCUACCACCGAUUGGGCGCUCGAACUGCGUCCGUCGAUGAAAAAGCUACGCCAAGCGAUGGACGGAUUGCUAAAAACCGCACGCCUAAUGCACUCCGUUCAACGGCUCCAGCAGGAUAUGAAGAAAACGAGUGCCACGCUCGCCAUCAUGUAUCGGCGGGACGUUUGCUUCUCUCAGGCACUAACUUCCCUCGUCGCUGGCCUCAUGGCAAAGCUUUGGGGUCAAAACGUGACGGAAAACUUCAUCAGCCUGCUGGUACAUCUUGGUCCGCUCGCGUACUUCGAAGGGUUGCUUUCAUUGUACGGCAACGAAACGGACAUGUGGGGCGAUAUGAGCGUUGCGGUAGAAGACUUAGCGACGGUAGGUUUUACGCUCGUGCGCAGCAACCUGCACCGUGACACGAAGGGUGCGAUACCGUUGCCGAGGGUGACCGGAUCCCGGCAAGCGCUCCGUGUGCUGCUCCCCGUGCCGGAAUCGGUGUUUUGCCAUCUGCCAACGAAGGAAGCGGUUAGCUUCCGGGUUACGCCCGUCUUCUUUAACAUCGGUAUCAAUGAAAAGGCAACGGUAGCAGAAACGCUCGGCUUUACGCGGGAACAGCAUCGUUCGAACUGGGACAAUUACGAUCGGUUGAAGCAGUAUCACAGCCGUUACCGGAAGGUACCGUUCAAUUUCGUCAAUCCCAACUGUUCCGCUAGCCAGGACACGCCGACAAAGGUGGGUGCGUACACUACGCCGCAGAAGGAGCUGCUCGUGCCGGACCAUACGGUGGUGAAGUUUUUGGAGGAUAUGGAAGCGGAACUGCGCGCGAAUGGGUCGAAAAACUACGCCAUACUGCAGCUGGCGGAGGAAGUGACACGCGCGGUACAGGGGUUACGAUUUACCUCGUGCAAGAGUGCCAAGGAUCGGACCUCGAUGGCGGUAACGCUCGAACAGUGUCGGGUGUUGCAGCAAGAGUUUCAUCUGUCGGCAGGCAACGCACAAACAGUGCUUAAUACGAUGCGCAGUGAGGGAACCCGAUCAGAUAAUACGAUGAAAAACGUUGGCACGCGGAAGUACGCGUUCAACAUGCCACAAGUGCUGUCGCUGCCGGCAGUUUAUCGUCCUCCAGCCGGUACAUAUGGAAAGGCACAAACUUAAUUUCUCGUUGUAGAGAGAGAGAGAGAGGGAGAGAGA